GUAAUGUCAGGACGCGGAAAGCAGGGAGGCAAAGCUCGGGCCAAGGCCAAGUCGCGCUCGUCCCGCGCAGGCCUUCAGUUCCCCGUGGGGCGAGUGCACCGCCUGCUGCGCAAAGGCAACUACGCCGAGCGAGUGGGGGCUGGCGCGCCGGUGUACCUGGCGGCUGUGCUGGAGUACCUGACAGCGGAAAUCCUGGAGCUGGCCGGCAACGCGGCCCGAGACAAUAAGAAGACGCGCAUCAUCCCUCGCCAUUUGCAACUAGCCGUGAGAAAUGAUGAAGAGCUCAACAAGUUACUCGGGGGUGUCACAAUUGCCCAGGGCGGCGUCUUGCCCAAUAUCCAGGCAGUCUUGUUGCCCAAGAAAACGGAGAGUCACAAGCCUGGCAAGAAUAAGUAAUUAGGAGGCUUGAC